AUGUCGAAGCCAACACUUGUGCUCACUGAAACAGACGAGGCAGGAAAUGUCGUUGCGACAUACCAUCAGACGAGCGCUGCCGAACGCAAUUCUACGAGGAUAGACAGAAUUGUAANNACACUUCCGAGCAAACCAGCAUUUGCUAGCUCGAUAGCUGGCCUUCUCGCUUCCAGAGCAGUGCUCGAAGGUGUUGGCGUGGGUGAUGCCUCGGCGUCCGCUACCAAUGCGCUCUUACUUUCUAUCUUGCAAGAAUCUAUGGGAAGAGUUGCGACGAUANCUUUUGCGCAUCGAUUUGGCACAUCCCUUGAGCCCGAAUGCAAACUUUACCGGUUGUUGAAAGAUUCGAGUCAAGAAACUGUAAUUUCGCUGCUUGGAAUGCUGGUCGGUUGUUUGGUCGUCAAGACUGUCAACACGCCGUUUGCAACUUGGACGACAUUGCUGCUGUUGCUGACGUUGCAUCUUGCGACGAACUACAUGGCGGUGAGAUCGGUCUGCAUGCGCACUCUCAACCGUCAGCGCGCCAACAUCGUCUUUGCAUAUUUGCUCAAGCACGAUCGCGUCUUGAGCCCUAAACAAGUAUCGGCGAAGGAGCGAAUCUUCGAGCAAGAUGGAAUAUUGCGUGAUGCGGAUGACAAGUGCUUGGGCUACUGCAAAAUAGGAGUCCCCGCUUCUGAAUUGUUGGAGCGUUUGGGAAGGACCGACAGGCUGACUAGAGCAACUAACAUUCCGGAUGGCCGACUACUGCAGCUUGUGGAGCUGUUCGAGGAAGAAAGCUACCUCGUCUAUCUGGAACACCCGUCAGACAUGACCUGCAUUUUGUUGAAGAAGGGCAGUGAUACUACGGCUCAGUUGAAGGCCUGGUACCAUGCCCUGCUUCUCGCACGGCAGAUCAAGCAGGGGUCAAAAGGUGGGAGGGAUUCCAUGGAUGCGCUCCAAAGCACACUUGUGGCUGUAAGGAAGGAUUGGCAGAAGGUCCAAGCAAGGCUUGGUGAAGCAGGUUGGGAUUUGGAGACGGCAGCGCUGGAGACAACCUCAGGCUCGAGGGUGAGCAUUCAGAAGUGA